AUGAAAAUGAAGACCCCUCAACAGUAACAGCUAUUUACUCCCACCCUUCGUGAGUGAAUAAAAAAAUUUGGUUCGCUCAUGAAGUAAAAUAUUUUUUUUCAAAUUAAAAAAAAAGAUUUCCAAAAAUUGAGAAGCAAAAUUAAUUUAAUUUCCAAAUUAUGUUUUAUAAUGAAAGUUGUUUAUAAUUAAACAGAAUUAGCUAGAGAUAUCAUUAUAAUAAUUAUCACUUAUAUAUCAAUUUUUUUCAUAAGAAAAUUUUAUAUUAAAAAAUUUUUGGGCAAAAAAUAGGGAUUUUUCUAAUGGUUUUGUUAACCACGAAGAGGGAGUUAGAAUUAUAAUGAAGACGAUGACCUGGGUUCGUGAUUCCCACAAUUUAUUUGACUAUGAGUCGCGCAGCUGCCACAAAAAGAAACUCAUCACAUCCAACCCAUGUAGCAUAAUCCGAUGUGACACAGAGGUCGAUCUUAUUUCCGAUUUCACAAAUAUUUCCCGAUUGACGCCUCAUUCUCAGGUCUUAGCCACCGUUUCUCAAAGAAAUGGGAUUUUCUAUCUAAGUUCUGAGCAAUGUGAGCCAAUUUGGUUGAUAGUUAGGUCUCUUAUAUCUUUUAUAUAAAAACUCUAAAAAAAUCAUAUAAAAAGUUAUAAUUCUAAUUUACAAUUAGGAGAAUAAAACUUCUGAAGGCCCAGGAGUUGCCCUAAAGCAAGGAGAUAUUAUAAAGCUCGGCCGAAUGGUAUAUAGAAUCAAAGAACUCAGCACCAGCAGCUUUGACUCAUCUAGUGACCAAACUCAAGGAAGUGAAGAUGAGUGCGAAGUCCCGAAUGAGCAUGAAACAACGACAUGCCGAAUAUGUUUUGGAGAGUCUGAAGGCCCAGAAAAUCCACUAAUUUCACCGUGCAGCUGUAUUGGUUCAGUUAAAUUUAUCCAUUUGCAGUGCCUGCAAAGGUGACUUCAUUCCAGAGUUUCUGAAAGAUUAGGGGAAAACGUGUCGUCUUAUCAUUGGAAAUCGAUGGAGUGUGAAAUUUGUAAAAAUAAUUAUCCGUUUAGUUUAGGAGUGGAAGGGAAAGAAAGAGAAUUAUUUCAAGUAGAAAAAUCAGAGUUGCCAAGGAUUGUGCUGGAAGGAGUUGACGAUGGAAAAGGAAGCAGCAAAGGUGUGUAUGCUAUUUUAGCUGGAUUUUACUUUAAAACGUCUUAUUUUAUACAAAAUUAUUAUGCAAUAAAAAUUUGAAUAUAUAGUGACAUUUAGUGAAAACUCAACAGUCAAAUUAGGAAGAGGCCACGAAUGUGAAGUGAGGAUUUCUGAUAUAUCGGUAUCAAGGUGCCACGCAACUAUCCAAUUUAGUAAUGGAAACUUCACAAUUGAAGAUAAUAAUUCAAAAUUCGGGACUUUACUGCAGGUGACUGAUCCACUUCCAUUGAUAACAAAUUCUGCUGUUGCCUUGCAAGCUGGAAGAACGGUCCUGGCUGUAUCUCUGAAAGGAGAUGAAUCUGUUGCAUAUAAAAAUUCAUUAGAUAGGCUGCCUGCUCAUAAGAGGUCAUUAUAA